AUGUCUACUGGAGCAUUUUCAAUAGAUGACGCGUUUGAUUCGGAAGAUGAUGACAAGAUACGCCUCUACGGGUCCACCAAAGAGACAGCUCCACUGAGGACAGGACCGAAGAUCCGCCCUCCAGAUGAUGAAGAUGAACACUCUAAAAAAUCAACACACUCAAAAGAAUCAAGAUCAAAAGAUGCUGGGAAUUCUAAGCUGGCUACCACCCGUUCAACACAUUCCCUCUCCAGUACUUGGUCAGAUGAUACACGUGUGUCAACAAGAUCAUUCUCUGAUGGCAGCAGAUGGUGGCGACAUCCUAAGAUCAGAGAUAAUUAUAAGGUAGUGGCUGGCUCAUUUGCUCUCACUGUGAUUGGACUUGCACUGGUUGUUACAGGCAUUGCAAUAACCAUAUCUGAGCAGCGAGGGUGGCAUAGUCUAGUUUUCUUCAUUGGUGGGUUCCUGUGUUUGAUACCAGGAGUGUACCAUGUGGUAUAUAUCUACCUUGCUGUAACACAGAGGGCUGGCUACAACCUAUACAACUUACCAGUGUUUAAAUGACCCUGUGUCAAACCGUCACACCAAAGGAGUCCCAAUGUGUUCAACACACUUACAAAUUGGGGAACAAUCAAACCCACACUGAUGUUGCCUUGCACAAGUUCCUCUACUGAACAUGUUCUCACCUUGACAGAAUUACACUGCCUGAUUUUAUGGAAAUAGUGAAACACACUGACUCUUUGAGGCUGACUAUCCACAGCCAAUCUUCAUAUGUUGUUUAGAGAAAUUUUAUCAUCAAGAUUCAACAGAUUCCGGUAAAAAAGCUUUCUGUUUGAGAUGAUUUUUCUGUAAAAUUUCAGCUUUGUAAAUAUAUUGGAAAAAGUGGUUGGUUCAAAUGUUUUUGCAGAUAUUUAAGUAAACAUAUUUGCAAUCAAAGUGAAACAUAACUGUACAUUAGGUAUUUUUGGUGACUCUUUCAUAUUUGCUGUAUUCCCAACUGGAUAAAAUAACAAAAAUCAGUUGCAUAUAGUUCAUUACUUACUGAAAAAUGCGGCUUAUUGAUGUCUUAUUGAUAACAUUGAGAUAUAGAUAUAAAAAAAUGGUGCUGAUAUUUAAAUUCAAACUAAAAGUUUCAUUAGGGAAAAUCCAAAAGGAAAUGGACAGAACAUUGACAUUUUUCAAUGAGACAGCA